AUGAGUAAAUCCCUGCUCGCAUUCGUCUGGAUCGCAGGUCCUCUCACCGGUACUCUCGUCCAGCCUUAUGUGGGUAUCCGUAGUGACAAUUGCCGUAUAUCAUGGGGUAAAAGGAAACCUUUCAUGAUUGUUGGUGGUGCGACUACGAUGGUGUCACUUCUUGCGCUGGCUUGGGUUCGAGAGAUAGUCGGUGGCUUUGCGGGCUUGUUCGGCGUCAAUGCCGAGUCAGCUGGGAUGGAGACGACUAGGAUUGUUGUAGCGACACUCCUCAUGUACUGUCUGGAUUUCUCUGUCAACACAGUACAAGCGGGCAUUCGUGCUUUUAUUGUCGACAACGCUCCUCAUCAUCAGCAAGAAUCAGCAAACGCCUGGGCCAGCCGGCUGACAGGCGUUGGGAAUAUUUUGGGCUACAUUUCUGGUUAUCUUGAUCUACCCAAGUUGCUUCCGUUCUUUGGAGAUACCCAGUUCAAGGUUCUUUGCGUGAUUGCGUGUAUUGCUCUGAGCAGCACGCUCGCCAUCAGCUGCUCGUAUAUCAAAGAGCGUGAUCCGCGUCUGGAAGGGCCCCCAAAAUCCGAUAACCCCGGCCUUCUGGCGUUCUUCAAACAGGUCUUCAGAUCUAUACGCCGUCUGCCACCCCAGAUCCGCAAGGUCUGCGAAGUGCAGAUAGCAGCAUGGAUCGGCUGGUUCCCGUUCCUAUUCUACUCUACAACCUAUAUUGGACAGCUAUACGUUAAUCCGAUUUUCGAUCAACAUCCAAAUCUUUCAGAUAAAGACAUCGACAAGGUAUGGCAGGAUGCUACGAGGAUCGGGACAUUUGCCCUCCUCAUCUAUGCGAUCAUAUCUUUCUCUGCAAGCAUAGUUUUGCCCUUGUUCAUUGAGCCAAGCUACAAGCACAUCCCAGUUUCUGGUCAGGAGGACACUGAUAGUGCUUCUGAUGACGAGCCAGGCCCAGUCCGACGGCUGUCCUUUUCCAGCAUGCCGGUUGUUUCGGAGCCUCUGCUGGAACCUCCCAGUGGAAAGAGCGUGGAAAAGAGUGGGAAAAAUGGAAUCUUGGCUAAACUUCAGAUCCCUGGGUUAACACUCCGACGCAUGUGGUUUUGUUCUCAUCUGCUUUUCGCUGCCUGCAUGUUUAGUACGUUCUUCAUCUACUCACCGCAAGCUGCAACGGUCGAUAUUGGGAUUGUUGGCAUUUCCUGGGCAUUGACUCUCUGGGCCCCGUUUGCCUUGAUCUCGGCGGAGGUGGCGCGGCGUGAUACCGAACGGCGUCUUAAGCGUCGUCAGGCAGAGAUGUCCGGCCCCAGGGAGCCAUAUGCGAGCACGCAGAAUGACACUACAGCCGACAAUCACGAUCUGGAGGGUGGCCGGGGGAAUGGGGCGAUGGGUAGCCACGAGGACGAAACGGGUCAAGCGGGCAUUAUUCUCGGCCUGCAUAACGUGGCUAUCUCGUUCCCGCAGAUCCUGUCCACUCUGAUCAGCAGCGCGAUCUUCAAGGCGCUGCAGAAGCCCCGGGGCAGGGCCGCCGACUCUGGCUCCGAUCCCGAUGAUGAGGUCCCCGAAGCGACCAAGAAAGAAUUCUUCAGCUCCUGGGCCCUCUUCAUCCUGAUCGUUCUCCUCAUCUUCGCCCUGUUCACGAGCUAUAUCCUCCAGCAGAGGAAGAUUCAAGCGGUGCAUGAGACCGUCCUGUCGAUCUUUGCGGGCAUGUUUGUGGGCUUGAUCAUCCGGUUGAGCCCCGAGUCUCCGAUUCAGGAUAGUGUCACGUUCGAUUAUCAGUUCUUUUUCAAUCUGCUUCUGCCGCCGAUCAUCCUUGCGUCGGGGUAUGAGUUGCAUCAGGCGAAUUUCUUUAGGAAUAUUGGGACAAUCCUGACGUUCGCGUUUGCGGGGACGUUCAUCUCGGCUAUCGUGCUGGGAUUGAUUCUCUAUGUCUGGACGAGGAUUCCGCUGGAUGGACUGAACAUCUCCUUCGUCGAGGCGAUCUCCGUGGGCGCGACCCUUUCCGCUACCGAUCCUGUCACGAUCCUCGCCAUCUUCAACCUGUACAAGGUGGAGCCGAAGCUGUACACGGUCAUCUUCGGAGAGUCGAUCCUCAACGAUGCUAUCGCUAUCGUGUUGUUCGAGACGGCGCAGAAAUACGCCGACAGCGAGGCUGGUUCCUUGACGAUCCUGAACCUGUUUGAGGCUAUUGGUCUGUUCUUACUGGUGUUCUUUGGUAGUAUGCUUGUCGGAGUGAUUGUGGGCAUUUCCACUGCGCUGGGUCUGAAAUAUACCCAUGUUCGCCGCAUGCCCAAGAUCGAGAGCUGCUUGAUUGUGCUGAUUGCCUAUGCGAGCUACUUCUUCUCGAACGGAGUAUAUCUGUCUGGAAUCGUGUCGCUCCUUUUCUGUGGCAUUACGCUCAAGCACUACGCUUACUACAACAUGUCCCGACGGACACAGCUGACGACGAAGUACCUGUUCCAGGUGCUGGCGCAGUUGACGGAGAACUUUAUUUUCAUCUAUCUGGGCCUGGAUCUCUUUGUGGAAACGGAGCUUCAGUUCAAGCCGCUCUUCAUCCUGAUGACAGUUUUCGGUAUCUGCGUUGCCAGAUAUCUCUCGGUCUUCCCUCUGUCAAGGGCUAUCAAUUGGUUUAUCAGAUACCGUGCCAGACGCCGCGGAAAGGACGUCGCAGACGAACUGCCAUUCAACUACCAAGCCAUGCUCUUCUGGGCCGGUCUCCGCGGUGCAGUCGGUGUCGCGCUCUCUGCUGGUCUGAAGGGUGUCAAUGCGCCAGCGCUGCGUGCGACGGUGCUCGUGGUGGUGGUGUUGACCGUCAUCAUCUUCGGAGGCACUACUGCUCGAAUGCUGGAGAUCCUGGGCAUCCGAACGGGCGUCGUUGAAGAGAUCGAUUCCGACGACGAGUUCGACAUUGAAGUCACGCACGGGGGCACAUAUUACAAGCGAUCUGGCACCGGACUGGGCUACACUCCUCGCCGCAGCGACCUGACCAUUCCUCUGGGCAGCGUCGGCGGAGCACGACCGGGGCUUGGAGACAGUGCGGACAGCUACUCCAGUGGUAACAACCGCCGUCCCAGCCCUCCAUCGCAUCAGUCGUCACAGAGCCUUGGUGGAGGUAUUGCAUCACGGAAGAACUCUGCCUUCAGCCAAGUCGACCGCCAUUCUCGACGAGACCGGUCGUCAACGUUGACUCUGCUCGGCAACGCCGGCACUGGCAGCCCCAGCAGCGUUGCCAGCGACGAUGACCAUGGUGCCGGCAAGAAGGACCGGACAGGAGUCCAUUUAGACGCUCCCGACGACUUUGAACUGGAUAUCGACGGGCUGUCCGACGACGAUCUCCCGCCCUCCGCAGCAUCGCGAUACCGCCGACCUGCCUCGCAGCCGCGUCUCUCGCCAUCACGGGCUGGACCCGCCUCCGGUGGCGUAUCUCCAGCGAUGAGACCGGAAUCAAGCGGUCAUCUCAGCGCCAGGGCCGCACUUCGAGAUCUCUUCUCGGGCGGACCCAACGGCGACCAUGCCGCGUGGUUCAGGCAGCUGGAUGAAGAUUACAUCAAGCCGACGCUGCUCCUCGAUCAGUCGAACCACAAGGGACCUGGUGCUGUUUGA